AUGACGCACUAUCUUCAAACAUACGACGUUGAGCGCUUCCUCGCUCUCCUCUACGAAACAAACCGGGUGUCCAAACUAAAUGCAACGCUGAAACCAGAUACCAAGUACAUUCUGCGGAAUGGAAACUUCGAAUGGUCCCAUGACAAUGAGAGGGUCCGAGUAAAUAUCGAGGUUGAUGCUACUAAUGGGUCAUGGGUUUUCUUAUGGCCAACUGGCCCUGGUAAAGAUGCGAUGUCUCGAGUACAUCGAAAUGGGCUUAGCGUAUCGGGAUCCAAUGUCGACUUGAGCGUCAAGAGUGGAGACGAAGUCAAGAUUGGUGAUGCAACGGUCGUGUUCGAGGUCAAGGGGCGAUAA